AUCCCAUACACGUGGGAUGCAGAAAGGCAAGAUUUGUUUGAAAACCAAGAAAAUUAUGCAUUUCACUUAUUCCUUUUCCUCCGAGACGACUGAAAACGGCUAAUUUAAGUGUACAGAGUGUAGCACUAAAGAUUUCGACUGAAAGAAAGCCGACGAUAAGCUAUGGAAUCCAUCGUAAUGUUACUCGUUGCAGGCUGCCAAAGCCGGCAAAUUUAAAUUUUGUUUUCAGCUGAGCCGCCAGGUUUUCGACCUCUUCUUCAACUGGAUAGCUCUCUAAAUCAACCAACCGAAUGAAAUGCUCAAUAGAACUAAACUGUUGAUAUCGCUGGCUGUUCCCUCUGUCGCUGCCAUUUUAUUUGCAAUAUUGUGGCGAAGAAAAAAUAGAGACACUCCUCUGGACGAAAAUCCUCGGGACAAAAUGGUGGAAACCGAAGGGCUAAGCAAGUCGGGCAGCAAGGAGACUAUUCAAGAAAACAAAUCUUCCUUCAGCGAAGAUGGAAUAGCAAACAGUUCUGCACAAACUGAAAAUUUCGAAGAAGAAAUUUGCGAAGUGUUGAAAUCAGAGGCUCGUGAAGAAGAUGAGAAAAAUUCCAUUGAGCAGGAGGAGCAAGGGAUGCAUGAAGAAGAAAUCUCUCUAUUGAAAUAUGAACAUGAAGAUGAGUACUUAAAACAUCUCGACAAUUCUGGAGAUAAUAAAAUCAUCUCUCGGGAUCACCGAGAUGGCAAGAAAACAUCUUGUUGUACAAUUGACUCGGGAGUUGAACUCCCUAAACAACCUUCUUUUGAUCUCAAAGACUACUGGCUGGAAGAGACCCUCAGCGAAGGAAGCGGAGACAGUACAGCUUUAUCAAGUUAUGCUGAGCCACAACUAGAGAGGUACCUUGCAAGCAGUUGUGAUGUACCAGAAAGUGAGAAAAUGAUUUGGGAAAUUGAGUUUCCUCAGAUUUUAUGUGGACGUCUAAUUGGUCGGAAAGGGAAAAACGUAAAAGUGAUUUCUGAUUAUUCUGGAGCAAAGAUUCGUCUGAUUCCACAAUCGCCAGGCGAAGUAUCUACACAUCGUAUUAUAUCAAUCUCUGGAGACUGUUCCCAGAUCAAAGCUGCACUUGAUUCGAUCCACGAGAAGUUYCCUGCAGUUCCCUUGAACAGGAUCAAUGCAACAGCUUCACAAGUACAAAAUGUCAUUACACCAGCUGUGGUACCUACAAUUCCAAUUGCUACCCCUGUACCCUACGUACAAACUGUUCUACCAAAUCUGGCUAACUUCAAUGUUGUUGUUACGAGUGUGUUAGACGGGAACCACUUCUACAUCCAGCUACACAACGAUACAUUGCAGGCUCAACUGCAGCAAUUACAUCAAACUAUGCUUCAGUGUUAUGGCCAAGGUAGUGGAGGACCCUUGGCAUUACCUCUACCUCAUCCCAUCAUUGUGGGUGCAUACUGUGCAGCUCCUGCGUUCACCUAUGAUGGCUGGUAUCGCGCUCAAGUUCUUGGACCCACUGGUAACGGGGACGAAGUUCAGGUGAAGUACCUUGAUUAUGGAGGCUACGGACGGAUUGCAGCAUCGUCUUUGCGGCAGCUGAGGUCGGACUUCCUAAGUUAUUUACCUUUCCAAGCAGUGGAGUGUUACUUGGCCAAUGUAGCACCAAUGAACGGUGAAGGAUUUUCACUUGUGUCGUCAGCUGUCCUUGAAGACCUCACCAUGAACUCCGUGUUGACAGCACGUGUUGUUGGACAUCGUAACCAGUUGCCAUGUUUAGAAUUGUAUCUGGUACAAGGACAACAAACAAUUAUGAUUAACAGAGAACUAGUUAAUCGARGCCUUGCGCGAUGGGUCGAGACGUAGAGAAUGCCAAUAUUGGCCAAUCACAUUUGAGAGAUUGAAGGUGAAGUGACCAUUUAACAAAUUGCGUGACAGUACGAAAACCCAACUAAUGGCGUUACAAGUGUCACAGAUGAAUGUGUCACGUUACGUUGUUUCUGCAAGUUAGUGGAUAUAUUGUAAGAAAAGAUGUAAUUAUUUAAAUAAGCGAACUGAUAAAUGGUUGAAUAAUUGAGCGAGCUAACCGCGUAUAUAUAAAACGUAUUUGGUAAUUGAAAUAUUUAAAUGUUAAGUGUAAUUACGAAUCGAAUCGAUUUUUAGACCUUCGUUAGGGGUAGACCCCCACCUUUAUUUAUUUUGAGAAAUAUAUUGGAAAUAUUUUCCUUCUAUCUUUUCUGCCUUUUAUGUUUAAACUGUUUGAUUUGAUUUCCUUUGCAAGAUUUUUGAUUUCCUUACAAGAUUUUUGAGUCACAGUCUGUUUCAAAGUUGUAAAUUAGGGCAACCCGGUGACUGAGAGACACAGACAUCCCAUAGAUAAUAAUUUUCCUUCUUAGCCUACCUUUUUAUCGGGCUUCCUGUCCUGUUAGGCACAGGAAGCCCGACAAAACGGCAGACUGCGAAAAGCCAACAAAAAGUGAGUGUGUUGUUAUCACCACGCGUUUAUGAUUUWGGUACGUUAUUUUUAAAGUGUUCUCUUGUUAAUUUUUUCGGUUUUGAUUCUGUUUCAAAUUAAAAGAUAUAKUAUUUGUGUAUAUUAAUAUAUAUUUAAUUCAAUUUUAUGGUUUAAUCAAAAUGUUAUGAAUGCAAAGAGGGUUGAUUAGUGCAGGCUAGUGUUCGUACUCUUUCUAUGAAAGAAGAUUGCUCAGAUUCUUAGGCGCUUUUAAAAAUAUCGCAGGUUUGAAUGAAAACGAAAUAUUUAAACUGGAAAAAAUCGCCUGCUUUAAAGGUUGUAAAUUUGAUGUAAAUAUGAUGUAA